AUGAAGGUGCACACUCCCCUCUUCGCUGCCCUUCAAGCCAGCUUGGCGUUGGCCCAGACGAACAGCACAGAGGCUCCUUCAGAGGUGCCGUACUACGGUCUCAGCCCACCUGUAUAUCCAAGUCCCAUCGGCAAUGGCUCCUCCACCACGCAAUGGGCAGCGGCCUACAAAACCGCCAAAGCCCUCGUGGCCCAGAUGACCCUGGAGGAAAAGUCCAACCUCACCCGCGGCUUCACAGGCCAAUGCAUCGGCACCACGGGCUCCGUAGACCGCCUCGGCAUUCCCGCGCUGUGCCUCUCCGACGCGCCCGACGGCAUCCGCGGCCAGGAGUUCGUGUCCUCGUUUCCAGCGGGCAUCCACGUCGGCGCCACGUUUGAUCCCGACCUGAUGUACAAGUACGGCGUGGCGCUGGGCGAGGAGUACCACGCCAAGGGGAUCAACGUGGCGCUCGGCCCCGUAGCAGGCCCGCUGGGGCGGAUGGCCAGGGCAGGGCGCAACUGGGAAGGGCUGAGCAACGACCCGUACCUGUCCGGCAUCGGCAUGGGCGCGAUCACGAGGGGCAUCCAGGAGCGCGGGGUGAUCGCGACGCCCAAGCACUGGCUGUUCAAUGAGCAGGAGUUCCGGCGCACGCUGACGGACGCGGGCGAGGCCAUGAGCUCGGACGUGGACGACAGGACGCUGCACGAGCUGUAUGCGUUCCCGUUCAUGAAUGCCCUGCGCGAGGGCGCCGGGGCCGUGCUGUGUGGGUACAACAGGGCGAACCAGUCGUACGCGUGCCAGAACUCAAAGCUCCUCAACGGGAUUCUCAAGACGGAGCUGGGCUUUGAAGGAUUUGUCGUCAGCGACUGGGCUGCCCAGCACACGGGUGUCGCCUCUGCCAACGCCGGUCUGGACCUCGUCAUGCCGGAUGGGGGUUUCUGGGGCGCCAACCUUACCGAGGCUGUCCGCAAUGGCUCUGUUAGUGCGGAGAGGCUCGACGACAUGGCGACGCGCGUCCUGGCCAGCCUGCACCUGCUCGACCAGGCGUACUCGUACCCGGUCCCGUCCAUCUACACCAACACCCAGAAGCACUUUGCAGUCGACGCACAGUCGUUGGACCACGCCGACCUCAUCCACCAGAUCGGCGCGGCGGGGACGGUUCUGGUCAAGAACGUCAACGCGACCCUUCCCUUCCAGAAGCCUCGAUUUCUGGCCAUUUAUGGCUACGACGCCGUCGUCAAGGCCUCGCCCUGGGAGAACUACCUGCGCUUUGGCGGCGGCUACGAGGUGAAUUUUGGCUGGAACACGCUCAACGGAACCCAAAUCACGGGCGGUGGUUCAGGCAGCAAUACCCCUUCGUACGUGAUCGACCCGUUCAUGGCCAUCUCGGAGCGGAUUGCACGGGAUCGAGGCACGCUGCGGUGGGACUUUUGGUCCGAGGCGCCUUCUCCUGCUUACUCGAAUGCUGAGCACUGUCUUGUCUUUAUCAACUCGUAUGCCUCCGAGUCGUUUGACAGGACGACGUUGAAGGAUGAGUUUAGUGAUAACCUGGUCAAGAAUGUGGCCAAGAACUGCACCAGCACGAUUGUGAUUAUUCAUAACGCGGGUAUUCGUGUCGUCGACGAGUGGAUCGACAACCCCAACGUCACCGCCGUCCUCUACGCCGGCCUCCCAGGCCAAGAGACCGGCCGCAGCCUCGUCUCUGUUCUCUACGGCGACAUCAACCCCAGCGGCCGCCUCCCUUACACCGUCGCCAAGAACGAGUCCGACUACGGGACCCUUCUCAACUCGACCAUCUCGUGGGAUUACUUCCCCAGCAUCAAUUUCACCGAGGGCGUCUUUGUCGACUACCGCGCCUUUGACCGCGAGGGCAUCGAGCCGCAGUUUGAGUUUGGCUUUGGACUGUCGUAUACCACUUUUGCGUACUCGGGACUCUCUGCUGGUCUCGUCAAUCUUGCCGCCUAUCCCGACCCAGCUGUGGCCAUCGUCCAGGGCGGCCACCCCCAGCUAUGGGAUGUCCUCGCCACAGUCAAGUGCACCGUCGAGAACACGGGCUCCGUCUCGGGCGCCGAGAUUGCUCAGCUGUACGUGAGCAUUCCCGUCGAGGACACCCCGGUGCGCCAGCUGCGCGGGUUCCAGCGAGUCGGGCCCCUGGCGCCUGGCGAGGCACGGCAGGCUGUGUUUGAGCUCACGAGGAGGGACUUGAGCGUUUGGGAUGUGGUGGCGCAGCAGUGGAGGCUGGCCAAGGGGGAGUAUGAUUUGUUUGUGGGGGCGAGCAGUCGGGAUUUCAGGCUGAAUGGGACGAUUGUGAUAUCGUGA